AGGUCCAGCAACUUUGUGAUUUGUAGCUAUCAAAUAGUUAUUAAUGAUGGUUUUAAUGGUGUGAGAUUUUAUCCAAUAGCUUACUUUUCUUUGCUAGUUACAUAAUGACCAAAAUUUAACAAAGUUGCUGGCUCCCUAUCCUUCGUGCUUUAACCGCUUUAAUUACUUAGGGACGUUGUUCGUUACUCUUACAUUCGCUAUAUAUACAGUCACACAUACACACACUCCACACAACUAUAUAGCCUACUAGGUUCAAAAUUAAUACAGAAUUAUAACUAGUAAAUAGUAGUCAAUUAUUAAUAUCAAUGGCACUCAAUACUUUUCGUCGACGACUUAAAUUGCUGAUCCCUGCUGUUAACAAUGAUGAAUUGAAGGAGAUGAGAGGGAACCUGGCCAUGGUAGCAACUAUGGUUGCGAAUGCAAGCUUCCAAAUUGGUCUGAAUCCACCCGGUGGAGUUGUCCAAGACCUCGAAGGAUUCGUCGGGUUUCCAACACCCAGGGAUCCAAAUCAAGCACGUCCCGGACAAUCUGUGUUUGCUAUGUUAGACACUAGCAACUACCAACGCUACCUUUGGAUCAACAAUUUAUCUUUCUAUACAUCUGUCUCCCUCGGCGCUUUCAUUGUUACCCCACACGACUAUCAUACUUCCCUCUAUAUCUUCUACGUUGUCCUUUCUUUCUUUGCAGUUAUGGUAAUUCUGGUUCUAGUUGCCCGCUUUCUGGCCAUUUUUAUACGCGACCCUGAUGUUGAUAACCACGCGCAUGAGAAUUAAGAAUUUAAGAUCACCUAUCCCACUACCAUAUAAUGUUUAGGUUAAAGUUUAGGUAAAAAUUCACAAGGCAUUAGUUAAGGAUUGGUAGAUGAUAAUUUAGUUAAAUUUCUCAAAGGGAAAGUAUGAGGAGCUAAUGGAAUAUUUGUACAAUGUGUACAAUAGAGGUUUAUGGAGUAUUAGAAAUAUAACCAUUAGUAUUACCUUUUCCCAUAAAUCCCAAAAUCAGUUUAAAUUUUUGAGAAAAUGUUUAUUAUCCCUAGUACUCGAAUGGUUAUUCUAAA